AUGGAAGUUAUCCGAGAAACAGAUGGACUCAUCCUUUCUCAGUGCAAAUUCACUUUAGACCUUCUCCGUGAAUUUAACUCCCUCCAUUUGUCAUCUGUUCCUUCUCCACUCGAUCCCUCUACUCAUUUAUCUACUCACAUCGGGGAACCAGUGAAGGAUCCCACCUUGUAUCGCCAUCUCCUUGGCAAACUCAACUACCUUACUCACACCUGCCCAUACUUAUCCUUCACUGUCCAGUACCUUAGCCAGUACAUGCAGGACCCAUGCCAGCCACACCCAGAUGCAGCAUUCCGUGUGCUUCGCUAUCUGCUCAAAGAUCCCGGGCUUGGGCUUUUUAUGUCUUCUUCCUCCUCAUUCAAGCUCCUAGCCUUCUGUGACUCUAAUUGGGCCACCUUCCCGGACUCAAGGAAAUCGAUGAGUGGUUUGUACAUUUCCCUUGGUACCUCUCCGAUAUCUUGGAAAUCCAAGAAGCAAACUUCCAUCUCACUUAGUUCGGCAGAGGCCGAAUACAUAUGCGACGCAUGGUUGUAG